GGUUGAGUGUAGGGACGUCCCGGAGCUUCCCGAGCUCAGACCCCGAGGAGCAGCGGACCAGGAGGAAGAGGAGGAAUGGACGAAGAUCCCGGUGCGUUUGAUCCGAACAUCCCAGAGGAGGGACCUUCAGCGCCCCCUCCUGGCUGGCUGGAUGACAUACAUGGAUACCAAGGCCAUAAAGGAGGCCCGGACGACCCGUUGUACCCCCCUCCCCCGGCCUACAACCCCCAGCCUGAACUCAACAGGAACACCCUGGUGCCCAACGUCAGGGUCCCGACAAUAUCAGAGGAUGAGGCUCGGCGCGCCCUCCUCCAGUUCGUGGAAACCAAAUGGACGUACAGCGCCAAACCGGCCAGGAACAUGACGUUCAAAGAGCUGAAGCCCAUCGUCGUCUACCGGUAUCGACUGGAGACCUACACUGAGACCAGAACCAGCGCCUGGCACUUUGAACCUUACAACGGACAAAUGGUGGAUGGUCCUCAGUACGGCAUGUGUCCUCAACCGUGGGACGUCCCAGUGACUCUACCUCAGAGAUACACAGACAUGGUGGAGAAGGUCCGCGUGCCGCACACCUCCUUCAUCAAGCUCUGUCACAAAUGUAACGGCAUUGGAAGAACUCGCUGUGGCUGCUGCUUUGGUCGAGGCAUGAAGCGUUGCCCUUUCUGUCACGGAAACGGUCGAUCCAGGAACAAGCGCUGCACCUCCUGUCACGGCCGAGGUCGCAAGAGGUGUAGCUCCUGUCUGGGCAAAGGCUUCAAGACCUGCACCAUCUGUCACGGCAGCCAGAACCUGCUGCACUUCAUCCUGCUCACGGUCACAUGGAAACACAACGUAGACGACUUCAUUCCCGAUCGGCAGCCGGACUUUCCUGACAAGAAGUUUGAGAAGGUGACCGGAGAUCCUUUCUUCAUCGACGAGAACGUUCUGGUUUAUCCCAUCCAGGGUUUCCCCGAUCAGGAGAUCUGUGAUGUUUCCUUUAAACUGAUCAACGAACACCUGAACCGCUUCAGGGCCACCAGCCGCAUCCUGCAGCAGCGUCAGACCAUCGAGCUGGUGCCGCUGACUCACGCUCUUUACUCUUACAAAGGAAAAGACCAGAGCUUCUUCGUCUACGGAACAGAGAACAAAGUGUUUACCUCCAAAUACCCAUCUGCCUGUUCUAUCUCAUAAGAGGACACGCGUUCAGACAGAUGUUGAACAGAUGUUGAUCAGGUGAUUCAGAUGUUGAACAGAUGUUGAACAGGUGAUUCAGAUGAUUCAGGUGCAGUAACGACCUUUAAAUUCACUGUAAACACCACCUUCAUUUUUAUAUACAGAUUUAUAAACUUAAAAAUUAUAUAGAACAUAUCCUUCUCAUGUAUGCACGUGACUGAAUAUAUCCAGUUUACACUAUAGACAGUUUUAGUCAUUUUAUCAAAUACAGUCAUAGAUUUGAACCAUUUCUCACAACCUCAAUUUCAGGUUACAAAUGAGUUCUUCCGUCUCACACUAUGAUUAUUAAUUCUGUUGUUUGUAUCAGAGAUUUAACCUCUGGUUUAUUUCCAGUUAAAUCUAAUCCAGUAAAAUCCAGUGAAGUCCAGUAAAUCCAUUUUGUACUAACGUCUGCUACCUCGUCCCUGUCAGUCGGACUGAACCUGUUCUCUUUACUCUAGAAUUCACAGUAUAAUGCAACCGGUUCAGUUUCAGAUCCUCCGGUUCAGCUCUAACAGCAGAAAGUCUCUCGUGUCCCUCCGCCCGAGCCGAACAGAGCUUCACCUGAUCGUCUGGUUCUUAAAGUGGAAUCAUAGAAGAGACAAGGAAGUGGUUUGAUAGAGUUAACGAUUCACUUGCCAAAGACGUUAUGUUUGGUUGUGUGUUUGUGAGCAGGGUUCAAACUCCUGAGGUGAUUUCCAUUAAAGCGGGAGGUGGGGGGGGGGGCAGAAAAUGGUAAUUUCAAAACGUGAUGUUGACAAACAAAUAUCUUCAGGGGUUUAAUACGUUAAACAUGUUAAACACGCCCCUUAAUCUGCUCUCAGGCUCCUCCCCUCCUCCAUGUUUGGUGGAAAUCAGUUUGAACUUCCCUCGUUGGCCGAGGUUAUCAUGUGUCUCGAUAUUAUCUGAUCAUCAUGAGGUGAUUUACGUCCUCGAGUCAAUUCUCACAAACCCUGAACUGUUAACUACUCCAUGUUUGUUAUGUUGUGUGUAUUUUUACUUUCUGUGGGAUGAACCACUACUUCAAUAUUGUGUUUUUAUACGAUAGUCAGUUUAAUUCCUUCAACCUAAAGACAAAAUACUUGUUAUUAUAUUUCAUAACGAAUCAGUUACAGUCAGUUCCUCUGCACUGAUUCAUGUUUGUUGUUCUUUAACAUCGUCUGUCUCAUGUUCAUGAACUUUUUGGGUUUUAAACACAGAAUCAUCGUCAACAGGUCAUGGAUAAAGUGUCAAUCACAAAAAACACAUCAAUUAUAAAUAUCAUACAAACAAUGUAACACAAUUGUGUCUAUAAAUCAAAUAACAACAACAGAAACAACAUCAAUGCAAAUGUAUAUUUACUCAAAAAGAGGAAACAUCAAAGAAAGGUAAAAUGACAAUAAUAAAACAAUAAAAUACUAAAUGUGAAGUUAAAAUGCUAAAUAUGAGUAAAACAAGAUUUAAAAAUUAUGGCAAUAAAGAACAAUUCAGAGAAAUUAUGCUAAAUGUAAAAGUAAAUACAUAAAAUAAUCAUUGAAAUUAAAUUAAAUUAAUUUCCUGACUAUAAAUGUAGGUUCUGACAUUUUAAAGACCAAACGAUUCUUCAAGAAAAUGAUAGUCGGAUUAAUUUGUAUUUAAAACAUCUGUAAGUGUAAAAAGAUUUUUCUCUGAAUGUUGUUAAAACCAAAGAUGAGAUUUGACUCCAGAAGAGUUGAAAUAUCAACUGAUGAGAUUUUUAUGAUCUCGUUUUGUUUUCACAUUUCAUGGUUAUUUUUCAUUUCCUCAGCCAGUAUCACAGCAGCUGAAAAGAGCCAGUUUGAUGUGAAAUCACAGAAAAGUACUGAACAUAAAUCCUAAACGUUAAAUGAAGAUAACUGGGAUGUUCGGAUACUUCUCUUCCUAAUACUAAUUCACAUACCUGGAAUACUUUGUGCAUAUGACUGAUCUGAUACCAGUUCGUUAAAAAUAACGUACAGAAUGUAUUUUACCAGCUUGCAGCUACUAACCCUGUCGCUCUCUGAUUUCAAAUAUACAGACCGACAGUUAGUUCAGCCUCUGACACCGAGAAGACUUUAUAUUUUAUAUAUAUAUAUAUAUUAUAUAAUACGUUUCUGUUUGUUUUGUUAUACUAUUUCUUAUAUUUUGUAUUCUUUUAAGCUCAGGAUACUUUUAUACAAUAAAUCCAUAUAAGUCCAUAGAAAAUAUUUUGGUAUAACUUACUCCUGUAAUGACGUCAUUUUACGAACUCUUGUUUUUACUUUUUAUAGAAAAAAAAGAAAGUGGCCUUAUACAUCUCAACAGCUCUGUGACAUGUAAUCCUCACCUGUCAAUGUCCAAUAAACUCAUUCAAUUUACA